GCUUCGCGCAUUAUUUUGAAAUAAAUAUUACAAAUAAACUACUCCUAAACGAUAAUUAAUAAGACAUAUCGCGAUGAAUUUGUUCUCAAUAUCAACUUUUAAUGGUCCAUACACAGAAGACAGAUAUAAUGAGUUUUUUAAUCCAAACAUUUGUCAUGUUUGCAAACGUCCCAGCAAAGACUUGAUAACGUGUAAUCAGUGCUACAUGAUUUCUUACUGUUCCGAGGAACAUGAGGCGAUACACAGAAACACACACUUUCAAAUCUGCAAAGCUAUAGGAAGGGUAAUAACAGACAAAUCAUUCUCGGAUAUGUAUCCUAGCUUAGGAGAAUGGAUAAAAUCACGGAAAGUAAUUUUACAUCAAAUGCCCUCUAUUUUGUCACGUGGCUUACCUCCAUACGAAAUGGAGAUGAUAAUGUGUGCAAAAUCGUGUGGUGUGUGUUUCCGACAGACAAACAUAAGGUGCUGCAGCAUUUGCUAUUCAGCCAAUUUUUGUGAUGAUGACCAAAUGCUAUUUGAAGCAUUGCAUGAGAAGUGCUGCCAUGAGUUGUUGCUAUUACUGAACAUGAAUAUCUUCCAUAUAAACGGCUAUACAGAACAAAUUUUACUUGAAAACAAAUAUAAGUUCACCAAAUUUCCUGAUGCAAAACCUUGUUAUGACACUAUUACAUUUAUUAGCAACUAUAUAUUCAAUAAUAAUAAUAUUUCUGCCCAUAGGUUAAAUUUAGACCCUUCUAUCUUAGUGUUUUACUGGACAUUUCAGCAACGUACGUAUUCUGAUUAUGCAUCCGGUCCGCUAACGUUAUACUAUGCGUUGCAGGAAUCAAAUUUAUUAUCUCUUUCAAAGAAUAGACGUAAAUAUAUUAUUCAUGUUAUAGAUGUAAACAAAACAGAUAUAAUAUAUUUGGAAAUAUGGCAUAUUUUCUUACAUUACUUCAAAAAUACGAAGGAAUUGUAUAUUGUAUUAAUAAACCCAUUAAAAUUUGAGUGGAGCGAUUUAGGAUUUGUGUGUAAUUCGUGCAGUCGCUAUAGACAGAAAGUUUAUGUUAGAAGCGUAUCAGAACCGUAUCACGAUUUUGUACGCUUAGAUUCAUAUGAAAAACCAAAUGUGAUCGUACUGUUUGAAAUAGAAUUGCUUUACAUAGAAACAUGGUCCAAAUCUUUAGAAGCAAUAAUAGCGCAAGAAUGUCCGUUACUUUUAACCGCUGUUUUGGAAAAUACAGUGCAAAAUGUUAUAGACAAGAUACAAGAACAAACAGGUACAACCAGAAAUCGAUUACACAGGGAAAAUAAGUUCCGCGGUUAUAUGCCACAUAGAAAUUAUACGACUGGUGGAUUUUAUUACCGAAAUGCCCAUUUUAUUAUGUAUUCAUAAAUUGAAUACACAUGACCGACCCAGGAGGCAGGAGGAAAUUGACAUUUGUCAUCUGCCAAAUUCUGAUUUUUAUAUUACAUUCGUAAUGAGCAAUGCUGAAAACCUUUGUACACUCUACUCUGCAGCGAAAAGAUGGAAAGUGUUCCAAUUGGAAAAGUGACUCGUAAAAGUUGAUAUUUUUUUACAAAUUCUUAUCAAUAUUGCAACAUUUGGAAGAAUUAAAAAAAAAUCGUGUUCGACAGUUUUAAAAUAAUAUACUUAUGUAUAAAUUAUCAUUUUAUUGAAUAAGAUCUGUUAUUUUGUUGAAAAGAACCAAUUAGAUUAUUUUCAGAUUUUAAUAUUAAAAAUGUUGUUAUGAAUAAUAUAAACAAAAAAAAUUUUAAAGCGAAAUACCAAAAACUCAAAUAGCUUAUAGCUUAAUCUUUCGUUGAACAACAAAAAGGAGUGAUACAAUCACUAGAUCAAUAAUAUACAUUGUACCAACAUUUGUGGAAUAUUUAAUGUUGUUCCGUCAUUUAAAUGUCUGCUCAUAAACAUAUUAUAUUAUUCUGUGAAUGCUAUAAAAAGAUACGUUAUGUAAGUCCUAAGGACAUCCUUAGAAUCAUUACGAUAAUCGCGUAUUGCACGAUCGCAAAAAUUUAAGGAUUAGAACGUAAUAUGUUCCAAAAAAGGAUGGGUGAUCAAUUCGGAUCAAAGAACAUUUUUUUAGUGGGUUAGUUAACUUAGAGUAACCUUUCUAGUACAUUACCGAAAUAUCUAAAGUUUUGUUAAAAAUUACAACAAAAUUACUAAAGUAACUUUCUUGGCGGACUUUGUAUUUUUUGAAUAGUUUAAAGUAGAUAUUCAUAAGUAAUGUAU